AUGGUGAUUGCCGGAGGGCUUGAGCCGUUGCUAGAGCGCACUGCCGCCUCGUCGGCUGCGCCCGCCAAUUCCCAGACGGUGGCCGAAAAGGCGACCACGGCGACGAAGCCCCCGCUGCCGCCGGCUCUGAAGCCCGGGACAGCAGUCUCUGAAAUGCCUCCUCCCCUCGUAGCCGCAGUUCCUGUUGCGGCGAGCUCGCCUGCCCAAUCUGCGCCUGUCCCUGCGCCGUCCGCUCCUGCUGCAGCUGCCAUUCACCUGGCUUCUCAUGCCGUGUCGUCGGCGACUGUCCUUGACGAGGCUGGUGUUGAUCCGCCCGUUCCUGCUCCUGCCGCGCCUGUUGCGAUGCCCGCUGCCGUCCCCGCUGGCUCAGCGCCUGCCGCUGCUUUGUCGUCGCAGGCGGCGUCCGCCACCACUGGCGGCCCGGCCCCAUUGGCGCCUGCUGUGACGUCGAUGGCUCCGGCAGGAUCGCAAGUCGUCUCGUCGCCGUCGCGACUCUCCACGGCGUUACCAGCAGCAGGCGCACUGGCCUGCUCACCCCGGUGGUCAGGGGGACUGGAGGGGUCACCGCGGGCGUGGCGGUGGUGGGGGGUACCGCCCGCCUGUGACGAUGGCGGAUCUACAGCGGGAAGUCUCGAGGGCGGUGCGUGA